AUGAAUCAAAACUAUCUUCAACCUCUCCCAUUGCUAAGUAGCUUCUUAGAUUCAACUCCUCAACAAUCUUCACAGCAAAACAUGACUCAUGCAUCAUGUUUGAAUCAAACUGUAGAUCUCACAGUGGCCUUACAUAUUGGUCUCCCUUCAAUUGAAACACCAACUGAUAUUGCUCCCAAUUCCGCUCCAAACAAUUACUGGAUACCAAGUGAAGAACAUAUUCGCAUCGGUUUCAGUCAUUUCUCAUGCUCCGUUUGUCACAAAACUUUUAACCGUUACAACAACCUUCAGAUGCAUAUGUGGGGUCACGGCUCGCAGUAUCGAAGAGGACCGGGCUCGCUGAAAAGAACUCAUCCGCGACCGCUGUUGGACAUUCCAUGCUAUUGUUGUUCAAAGGGAUGUAAGAACAACAUUGAGCAUCCAAGAGCUAAGCCAUUGAAAGAUUUCAGAACAUUGCAGACACAUUACAAAAGGAAGCACGGCUCGAAAAGCUUUACAUGUAGAAAAUGUGGGAAAUGUUUGGCAGUGAAAGGUGAUUGGAGAACUCAUGAGAAAAAUUGUGGUAAGCGUUGGCUUUGUAUUUGUGGUUCAGAUUUCAAACACAAGAGGUCAUUGAAAGAUCAUGUCAAAGCUUUUGGAUUUGGUCAUGCUCCUUUUUCUUCUUCCUCUCAUGGAAUAUGA